CACAGACACAGGACAGUGCAGGGAGAAGACACAGGUACAGAUGCACAUUAGAGUUGAGGUUAGAAGUAGAAGUUACUGUAUUUGACCACAAGUUUGUAAAGAUGUCAGAGGGAGUCUAUGAAAACCCAGAACCAUUUAAAGACGAUGAGCCUGAUGCAAUGAAGAACACAGACAUUGACGGCCAAUUAUAUAACAACUUAAGAGCCUUCAAGUCCAGUCCAAGAGAUGGAGUUGUUGCUUCAGAGCCGGAUAGCUCAGGGAAGAGACCCUUCCUAGUUGCUGCAGUGUUUCUGGGGCUGCUGUGUGUUCUCCUACUGGCUGGGAUCAUAGGCCUGUCUGUCUACUAUAACAGAGCCAUCAAAGAUUCUGAGGAUAAAAGGAACAUCUUGUCACAGAGUUGUUCCCUUUAUAAGACUAACACAACUGCAGAGAGAGACCAGCUACAGAUCAGAUACAACAACCUGACUGAAGAGAAAGACCAGCUACAGACCAGAUACAACAACCUGACUACAGAGAGAGACAGGCUUCAGAAUUUGCUUUGUGAAAGAACAUGUUGUUCAGAUGGAUGGAAGAAGUUUGAAUGCAGUUGUUACUUCAUCUCUACUGAGAAGAAAACCUGGGAGGAGAGCAGACAGGACUGUCUGGAGAGAGGAACAGACCUGGUGAUCAUAAACAGCAAAGAGGAACAGGAGUUUCUCUUCAACUUCAAGAAGAGAGUCUGGAUUGGUCUGACUGACAGAGAGACAGAGGAGACCUGGAAAUGGGUGGAUGGAACACCACUGACCACAGAGUAAGAGAUGUUAACUACUCUGUCAAUAAGGCUCCAUUGAAAAUGUUUCUAUACAGGUCAAUUGUCAUUGAUUGAAGCAGUCAACAGACUUACAUUUAAUUAUGUAUAUUAAUAUGGAUAUUAUUUGGGAUUGUAAUGUUUUAACUGUGAUAUCUGACUGUUAUUAACCCUGUAGGUA